AUAAAUACUUAAACACACCAAUUUUAACAAUUAUAUCUCACUAACUACUACAACCUCUUCGUAAUCAAAACCGAUCUUCAAUAUGGCCACCACCAGCUUCAGUACUUCUCCCUUCCUCAUCUCCGCGCUCUUGCUUUCCUUGCUCCUAAUAUUCAACUCCGACAACAUCCGCCGCGCCUCCGCCGUCAGGGUCACGACCUGCACCCGACCUUCUUCUCCGUCGUCAUCCACGUCGACAUCAUCGUCUCCGUCGUCGUCCACGUCAUCAUCAUCAUCGUCGUGCGUUCACGAGCAGUCGAGGAACGUGAUCAGGCGGUGCGCGAGGCUGAUCUCGAAGACGGGGGCGUCGCUCGACGAGCCGUCGGCGGAGUGCUGCGACGCCGUACGGAAGGCGAAGCUGCUGCCGUGCCUGUGCUCGUACAUCACGAGGGACAUGGAGGACCUCGUCGACGUCGGGAAGGUGAUCGGCGUCUUCGCCUCCUGCGGCAAGACUGUUCGCCCCGGCACCAAAUGCGCGAGUUACAUAUUUCCAAACGUAUGAGAGAAGAGAAGAAGCAAGAGAUGGACAGCUAACGGCGGCUACCAAAUUAGAUUUUAUAUAAUACGCUAACUUUGAUCUCCGAGACAUUGUUGUUUACUUACUUUACGUGAAGGUUUAGAUAUAUGUUUUUGUGGCAAGUUUUCAAGACGGCAAAAAGAUCGUCGGCCGUUUGUUUGCAACUUCUUUUCCGACACCUAAUUAAUAAACGAAAUUUGCGGGACUGCCUUUUUCUUGAGUAAUUGAUCGGCCAUUGUGGGUGUACGUUCCAUGCAUUUGUGCUUCUUUCCAUUCCAACGACGGGCCAUUUGACUCGUAGCCAUUUGGGCCCAUGCUCGAUUCGACCAAUAAACUUCAAAUCAUUUG